GGUCCUCUCUCUUCUAGAAACGGCCAUGUGUUAUUGCACAAUCCUAGCAUCUUUGUGUAAGAAAAUGAAGAGGGUUGAUGGACUUCGAAAGUGAGAUGAUCAAGUACUCUGGCAUCUACGCAGGAAUCGGCGUGGCUGUUCUUAUCCUAGGAUACAUUCAAAUAAGAUUUUGGGUCAUUGCUGGGGCUCGUCAAAUAAGGAAAAUGAGGACAAUUUACUUUCGGAGAAUAAUGAGAAUGGAAAUUGGAUGGUUUGACUGCACGUCUGUGGGAGAGCUGAAUUCAAGAUUCUCCGAUGAUGUUAAUAAAAUCAAUGAAGCCAUUGCCGAUCAGAUGGCCCUUUUCAUUCAGCGCAUGACGACAGCCAUCUGCGGGUUCCUGAUAGGGUUCUACAGGGGCUGGAAACUGACCUUGGUUAUUCUUUCUGUCAGCCCUCUCAUUGGGAUCGGAGCAGCCAUCAUAGGUCUGAGUGUGGCAAAGUUCACAGAGCUUGAGUUGAAGGCUUAUGCCAAAGCAGGAUCUGUUGCUGAUGAAGUCAUUUCAUCGAUUCGAACAGUGGCUGCUUUUGGUGGUGAGAAUAAAGAGGUUGAAAGGUAUGAGAAAAAUCUUGUGUUCGCCCAGCGCUGGGGAAUUAGAAAAGGAAUGGUGAUGGGCUUCUUUACCGGGUACAUGUGGUGUCUCAUUUUCCUGUGUUAUGCGCUGGCCUUCUGGUACGGCUCCUCACUAGUCCUGGAUGAAGAUGAGUAUACACCAGGGACACUGGUCCAGAUUUUCCUCUGUGUCAUAGUAGCAGCUAUGAACUUUGGCCAUGCAUCUUCUUCCUUGGAAAUCUUUGCCACUGGGCGGUCAGCAGCUACCAGCAUUUUCCAAACAAUAGACAGGCAACCCAUCAUUGACUGCAUGUCAGAAGACGGAUACAAGCUAGAUCGGAUCAAGGGUGAAAUUGAAUUCCAUAAUGUGACCUUCCACUAUCCUUCUAGACCAGAAGUGAAAAUUUUAAACAACCUCAGCAUGGUCAUCAAGCCGGGGGAGAUGACGGCGCUGGUGGGAUCCAGCGGGUCUGGAAAGAGUACAGCACUACAGCUCAUCCAGAGGUUCUACGACCCCUGUGAAGGCAUGGUGACUCUGGAUGGCCACGAUAUUCGCUCUCUUAACAUCCGGUGGCUGAGGGAUCAGAUUGGGGUAGUGGAACAGGAGCCAGUUCUGUUCUCUACCACUAUCGCAGAAAAUAUCCGUUAUGGCAGAGAAGAGGCAACAAUGGAGGAAAUAGUCCAAGCUGCCAAGGAGGCCAAUGCCUACAACUUCAUUAUGACCCUGCCACAGCAAUUUGACACCCUUGUUGGAGAAGGAGGAGGCCAGAUGAGUGGCGGUCAGAAACAAAGAGUAGCCAUUGCUCGAGCUCUCAUACGGAAUCCCAAGAUCCUGCUUUUGGACAUGGCUACCUCAGCGCUGGACAAUGAGAGUGAAGCCAGGGUACAAGGAGCACUGAACAAGAUGCAGCAUGAGCACACGAUUGUCUCAGUUGCCCAUCGUCUAUCAACAGUCAGAGCUGCAGACGUGAUCAUUGGUUUGGAACAUGGAGCAGCUGUGGAAAGAGGCACCCAUGAAGAACUGUUAGAAAGAAAAGGCGUCUACUUCAUGCUUGUGACCCUGCAAAGCCAAGGAGAUGAAGCCAUCAAAGAAAAGGGUGUAAAGGGAAAAGAUACAAGCAAAGGUGGUACCCUUGAGAGGACUUUCAUCAGAGGGAGCUAUCGAGAUAGUUUAAGAGCUUCCAUCAGGCAACGUUCCAAAUCUCAGCUUUCUCAUCUGACACAUGAAUCCCCGACAGCGAUUGCUGAUCACAAAUCUACUUAUGAAGACAGCAAGGACAAAGACAUGCCUGAGGAAGAAGUUGAGCCUGCCCCCGUUAGAAGGAUUCUGAAAUUCAAUGUUCCAGAGUGGCACUACAUGCUGGUGGGAGCGUUGAGUGCAUCUAUUAACGGGGCAGUCACACCCAUCUACUGCUUUAUAUUCAGCCAGAUCCUCGGGAUUUUUUCACUCCCUGAUAAAGAAGAACAAAGGUCAGAGAUUUAUCACAUGUGUCUCUUUUUUGUCGUCCUGGGCUGUGUGUCCAUUUUCACACAGUUUCUGCAGGGUUAUACUUUUGCCAAAUCUGGGGAGCUCCUUACAAAGAGGCUACGUAAAUUUGGUUUCAAAGCAAUUUUAGGACAAGACAUUGGCUGGUUUGAUGACCUCAGAAAUAAUCCUGGAGUACUGACAACUAGACUUGCUACAGAUGCCUCCCAAGUUCAAGGGGCUGCUGGCUCUCAAAUUGGGACAAUGGUCAAUUCCUUCACUAACAUCGUUGUGGCCGUGAUCAUUGCCUUCCUCUUUAGCUGGAAGCUCAGUCUGGUCAUAUCAUGCUUCUUCCCCUUCUUGGCUUUAUCAGGAGCCUUGCAAACGAAAAUGCUGACAGGAUUUGCAUCUCAAGACAAGCAAGCUCUGGAGAAGGCUGGCCAGAUCACCAGCGAAGCCCUCAGCAGUAUCCGCACUGUGGCGGGCAUUGGCGUGGAGAGGAGGUUUAUCAAAGCGUUUGAAGCUGAGCUGGAAAAGUCAUACAAAACAGCUGUCAGGAAGGCAAACAUCUAUGGAUUCUGCUUUGCCUUUUCGCAGGCCAUAUCAUUUUUUGCAAGUUCCUCUGGCUAUAGAUAUGGAAGUUACUUAAUUACCGAGGAAGGGCUGCAUUUCAGCUUUGUUUUCAGGACAAUCUCUUCAGUUAUGAUGAGUGCAACAGCUGUUGGAAGAACCUUCUCUUAUACCCCAAGUUAUGCCAAAGCUAAAAUAUCAGCUGCACGCUUUUUUCAGCUGCUAGACCGAAAGCCUCCAAUCAGUGUAUACAGUGGAGCAGGUGAAAAGUGGGGCAACUUCCAAGGGAAGAUUGACUUUAUUGACUGCAAAUUUACGUAUCCUUCUCGACCUGAUAUCCAAGUUCUGAAUGGUCUCUCCGUGUCUGUGGAUCCAGGGCAGACCCUGGCUUUUGUUGGCAGCAGUGGGUGUGGCAAAAGCACCAGUAUUCAGCUGUUGGAACGGUUCUAUGACCCUGAUCAGGGAAAGGUGAUGAUAGAUGGUCAUGACAGCAAAAAAGUCAACGUUCAGUUCCUCCGUUCGAAUAUUGGGAUUGUUUCCCAGGAGCCCGUGUUGUUCGACUGUAGUAUAAUGGACAACAUCAAGUAUGGAGACAACACCAAAGAAAUCUCCACGGAGAGAGUCAUAGCUGCCGCAAAGCAGGCUCAGCUGCACGACUUCGUCAUGUCCCUCCCAGAGAAAUAUGAAACUAAUGUUGGGAGCCAGGGCUCUCAACUCUCUCGAGGGGAGAAACAGCGCAUUGCUAUUGCUCGGGCCAUUGUCCGAGAUCCUAAAAUCUUGCUACUAGAUGAAGCCACAUCUGCCCUAGAUACAGAAAGUGAAAAGACUGUGCAGAUGGCUCUGGACAAAGCCAGAGAGGGUCGGACCUGUAUUGUCAUUGCCCAUCGCUUGUCUACCAUCCAGAACUCAGACAUCAUCGCUGUCAUGUCACAAGGGGUGGUGGUUGAAAAAGGGACCCAUGAAGAGCUGAUGGCCCAGAAGGGAGCAUACUACAAGCUGGUCAGCACCGGAGCCCCCCUCAGUUGACCCGACUUAAGACCCUCACACACAGAUAAUAAUGGAUCAAGUCCAGGAGGGCUGCAGGUUGUGGUCCAUAUACAGAGAAUCAUUAAUGUUUUACAGAUAUCAUCAUCCACUGGGAUCUGAGCUAAUUUCGAGUGACCUUCAGUAAUAAUUCAGUUUGAAACGUCCAUGUAGAAAAGAGAGAACCUAGGGUCAGAGUAAGUGAAAAUCCAAAGUCAGGCAGCUGCUUACCUACUACCCAGUGCUGCUCUGGGUGGGAGCUGAUCCUUGUCAUCAUCCAGGACUUAGUGAGAGGACAUGGAGUCCUCCUCUGGGACAAAGAACUAGCUUUUGACUUGUGAAAGCUCCUUGGGCACUGAGCCUGCUGAGUAAUCCACACUCAACAGUUGUUGGAAACAGAUCAAGGUCAAGAACAAAGGGCAUAAAGCUAUUGGUAUUUCUUGAUUAAGUUUUAUUUGUUUUCUAUAUGGAAGCAAAUCCAUUUACCUCUAAUCCUGUGGGUAGAGAAAGGAGCACUUUGACGUUCUGGAAUCUCAAAAGUGAGCUAAGGAAUAGUAGAGGUUAGCAGUCAGGUGUACUGACUUAGACUGAAGGCUCAGGGUGUUGGUGUCAUCAUACACUACAGCUGGAUCUGCUAGUGUGGAGCAGGCCUGUCUUCCAGGACUUCUACCAUUCAUUCCUUGCCCUGUGUCGCCUGAUGUCCCUUAUUCCUAUGAAAUCCUAGUCAUGGAGUGGAAAUGCAUCAGCUUCUGAAGUUGUUACAUAAUAAUCUAGUUAAACAUUGUAGAGAAACAUCCACGUUUGUCAUUUUCUUCAGAAUACCACUAAGUACCACUUCUUAUGGUAUCAAAGAAGACGUGUAGCCUCAGGAAUAAAGACAAUUUCAAAAUCAUGCCAGGAAAAAAAUGUGUGAGCUAAAUUUGUGACGAUGGAUUUCAAAGACAAGAGAAAAUUGACAUGUAAUCUGUUAGCUAGGCAAAGCCUGUAGGCACUUUCCUACCACAGGCCCCUGGGAAAGGCUAGGAUACAAAAGUCUCAAGGUCCUUCUGGAAGGAGGAGGCAGAGAGACAGAUGAGCCCAAAGUUAGACUUCUUACACAGGCUGAAAACUUGUGUAAAUUUUGUGAAGCAGGCUGGCAGUCCUUGUCCAGUUCCAGAUGAACACUAGCUCCUGCUUUCCUUGCCCACAGGCAGGCUUGAGUGUAGGGACACAAACUACAGCUGAAGGGGUGAGUCAUCUUCAAGAGAUGAGGGACUGGGUAUAAGAUUUCAGAUGAACAGAAAAUCGUGCAGCUGCCCUGUCUGGCAGGGCAUCAAAGAAUUACUUUCUGGCUAAAGCAAUUGGUCAGUAUAAAAAUGAAAGGUCUAUGGUCUGGUGCUAGGGAGACAGCAAGGAAAAUUUCCUGUCCACCCACCACCCUACCCUGAAGUCCAACAACACGCUGCCACAGAGGCAGCUCUUCUCUGGCUGUUCAGUGUCUCUCUCAGGAGGAAACAGAGCGGC